CUCGGAGACAGAGGAGGGCGACUAGAACAUAAUCACCAGUUAGGUACCCUGGUCACGUGGAGGAGUUGAAGAUGGCGGCUGCCCAGGCUGUGGAGGAAAUGCGGAGCCGCGUGGUUCUAGGGGAGUUCGGGAUUCGCAAUGUUCAUACCACCGACUUUCCCGGUAACUAUUCGGGCUACGAUGAUGCUUGGGACCAGGACCGCUUCGAGAAGAAUUUCCGUGUGGAUGUGGUACACAUGGAUGAAAACUCAUUGGAGUUUGACAUGGUGGGAAUCGACGCAGCCAUCGCCAAUGCUUUUCGACGCAUUCUAUUAGCUGAGGUGCCAACCAUGGCUGUGGAGAAGGUCCUGGUGUACAACAACACUUCCAUUGUCCAGGAUGAGAUCCUUGCUCACCGCUUGGGACUCAUCCCCAUUCGUGCUGAUCCCCGUCUUUUUGAAUAUCGGAACCAAGGAGAUGAAGAAGGCACAGAGAUAGAUACCCUGCAAUUUCGGCUGCAAGUCAGGUGCACUCGGAAUCCCCAUGCUGCUAAAGAUUCCUCUGACCCCAACGAGCUCUAUGUCAACCACAAAGUGUACACCAGGCACAUGACAUGGGUCCCCCUGGGGAACCAGGCUGAUGUCUUCCCGGAGGGCACGAUCCGACCGGUACAUGAUGAUAUCCUCAUUGCUCAGCUGCGGCCUGGCCAGGAGAUUGACCUGCUCAUGCACUGUGUCAAGGGCAUUGGCAAAGAUCAUGCCAAGUUUUCACCUGUGGCAACAGCCAGUUAUAGGCUUCUGCCAGACAUCACCCUGCUUGAGCCCGUGGAAGGGGACGCAGCUGAGGAGCUGAGCCGGUGCUUCUCACCUGGUGUUAUCGAGGUGCAGGAAAUCCAAGGUAAAAAGGUGGCCAGAGUUGCCAAUCCCCGGCUAGAUACCUUUAGCAGGGAGGUCUUCCGGAAUGAGAAGCUAAAGAAGGUGGUACGGCUUGCUCGUGUUCGGAACCAUUAUAUCUAAAACCAAGUGCCAUGGGAAUGCAAAAGCAGCAGUGACCCUAGCCAGACGCUCUGCCCCACUUCCUUCUCCUGACUUCCUCUGGUCUACAUUCCACUCAAACGUCAGGAAUGGGCAGCAGUGAUCCACUGAGGGGCACUGUUACUUGUGACUAUACCAUUGGCUCGAGGGGACUGGAUCAAAAUCCUAAGUGGGUAAGAAUGUCUCAGCAUUCACCUAAGGCAGCUGAAGGUACCCCGAGAAGGCUUCAGCUGUCUGCCUAAUGGUCACAGAAAAGCCAUCUACCAUCUAGGCUGAGAAUGACUGUAACCCACUACUGUUCUAGCCCUGGGAUGGCAGAGUCCUUCCUCCCCCAUGUCUAUCUCCUCCCACCCCAAACCUGGCUGCCAGCUCAUCUGUCAAGCAAGAAGAGAUAUUCCCUUACCACAACAGGCUCCUCUGGUUGAUGACUUGCCAUUUUUGGGAAAGCCUCUGGGAAGCAAAGAAGAAGUAAGUGCUACACUGGGGAGAAGGUUGGAAAAGAUAAUAUCUAAGGGCCACUUUAUGGUUAGAAUUAGCUGAGGAUGAGUCCAGGUAACAAUGACAGAAACUUGGGAUACCCCACAAGGUUUUUUAAAAAACCACAUAAGGUUUCUGUAACCUCUCUCACACCAACGACAAGGGCAGCAUAUCAAACACUUCUUUACUUGGAAAGGAUCAACGACAUUUUAGAAUUCCUGAGUCUCUCUGGACACACCUAUUCUCUGCCCAGCUGGUGCCCCUGCUUAAUCUCAGAGUCAGGGAAACAGACCCAGGAAAAGCACUCCUCUGAUCACCUCUCCUCAGUUAACAGGAGGACAGGAACAGAAUCUGAGUCUGCAGGCAACAGAACCAGUUUAGUUCUUGGGGGAGCUGCUCCAUCCAGGGCAGCAAGGAUGGGACGACUGUGCAGCCAUCCUGGCAGGUCUAGGAGACGAUGCUUUCAGGAGCUCUUGACUUGUGAGACUCAUGAGAGGCCACCCACUCUAAGAGACCUCUUUGUUACCCUUUCUUGACCAAUCUCUUACCAUGUGG